AGAAAAUCCUGGCUCGUGCGAUGCGACCUCUUGGCUCUCGCUAGGUUGUAUGUGUGUGUGUGUUUAAAAGCCUAAUCUACCGCACCAGCGGCCUCUAGUGUCUCCUCCUCCUCUAUCCCUCGCAAAGCAAACACACACGCGCUUUCUCGGUGCCACCACCAGCAGCACCCCGUCUCCGUCCCGGCCCCCGACGCCCGGCGGGACAUGAAGAAAGACGAGGAGGGCGCCAAUGCCACCGUCGCCGGCGACGGCGACGCACGACGACGUUCCGCGCUCCCCGUCCGCCUGCUGCCGCUCCGGUGACGGUGACCCCUACCUAGCUCUCUCCUUCGUCCUCGCCUUCUGAGUCGCCGUCCUUCUUGCCUCUAUGGAGCGAGCUCGCCGUCGCCGUUACCGUCGUCGUGGUGCAGACCAGCGGCUCAGCGGAUUGAGGGGAGCCCUGGCGGCGGAGAAGGCGUCGUACGUGUCCUGGUGAUGGGUGCGGAUUUGGCAUGCGGGAAAGCCAGGCAUCGUUUUUUUUUAAUUUCCCCCCUCGGUGGUGAUUGUUGCUAGCUGUUGCUGCUUUUGUUGUCAGUUUUAGCCCCCUUUUUUCACCUUCUCUCUUCUUUUUGACCCCCCCUCCCAACUACUUUGUAGUUUUGCCAAUCACGGUUCUACUAAGAACAUAUCGGUUAUCGGAGAGCGAAAUGUUCGUGCGGAUUCUGCUCUUUAUCUCUCUCCCUCUCUCUAUGUAUAAAGCUGGCUACCAUGCUUUGGCAACACGCGCGACUUAACUGCAGCUGUGCAAUGCUACAGCCUACAGCAGCUCAAUUAACUAACUAGUCCAAUACGAAAUAGGAGUACCUUUCUCUCAUCAUUCUUCUUUUUUACAUGAUGCAAGCAAACAAUGUCCUUCGGUGAUGAUUAUUACCUUCUGAAACCAUGAAUCCUGCCUGCCUUUUGUUUGUUUGUGUUUCAACUGUGUGUCUAAUAGUGCAAUGCAGUUACUGUUUACUGCAGCUACUGUGCAUGUAAAGCGUGGCAUAAUAAUGUAAUCCCCGGUAGAUUUUCAGCGCUAAGCAUUUCUCGUGCAGAUAAGAUAGAGCAGCAGCAGCCCGCAGCUGAUCCUUACCGCUGCGGCUGUGUAUCAAUUAGGCCUCGCCGGCUGCACUAGCCAUGAUGAAUCCCAUGGAGAAGAGAGGAGAAGAGAAGAGAAGCUAGCCACAAAAGGGAUGAGGUGACAGAUGAGGGGGAGAGCCAGACAGACAACCUAACUGGCGAACCCUAUGCAGUCAGAUGCCCCUGCCUCUGACCAGGCAAAAACUUCAGCGGUCCCCAACGAUGCAGCAAAAUGGCAUUCAGAGGCAGUAGUGAUCGGCGAAACCAGACGGGCCCUCUGCGUGCUGUAUUUUGUGUUGCACACAGGAUGGGCAUAGCUUGGUUCUAUGAUUGAGCUGUCAUUGGUGAUAUGGGAAGCAGCGGGUUCUAAGAACUACUCGUGUACUGCCUGAUAUUAUUGUUGUUUGUUCUGGGAUGUGCUGCGGGCGUGCCUGAUAAAUGGGCGAUGGCAUGCAUACAGUUGUUCUCAAUCUUGUGACCUUGUUAAGAACCACAUGAUAAUGCGCAUGUAUGUAUGUACUCCAA